UGUGUGCGGUCGCUGCUCUGCGUCCGCGCCUCGCAUCCCGUGUCGCCGUCCUUAAAGGCUUCGGGCGCCUCGGCCGCAUCCUCCGUGGCCGUGACCUGCGCUGCCGUGGCAGCCGGAUGGUGGUCGGCCCGGCGCCGCGGACACCGCGCGAUGGACACAGUGGCCUUUGAGGAUGUGGCUGUGAACUUCACCCUGGAGGAGUGGGCGCUUCUGAAUCCAUCCCAGAAGAAGCUCUACAGAGAUGUGAUGCAGGAAACCUUCCGGAACCUGGCCUCAAUAGGGAAAAAGUGGAAAGACCCUAACUUUGAAGAUCAGUACAAAAAGCAGGGAAGAAAUCUAAGGAGCCGUAUGGUAGAGAGGCUCUGCCAAAGCAAAGAAGGUGGUCCGUGUGGAGGCGACUCCGGCCCCGUUCCGCAUCUUAAUCUGCACAAGGAAACUCCUCCUGAACUAAAACCGUGGGGGUGCAGCGCGUGCGGGAAAGUCUUCAUGCGUCAUUCAUCCCUCAAUCGGCAUAGGAGAUGUCACACGUUGAGCAAACCGUACAAGUAUCAGGAGUAUGGAAAAAAGCCUUACAAGUGUAAAGAGUGCGGAAAAGCUUUCAGUUACCUCCAGCCUUUUCAAAAACACGAACGAAAUCACAGCGUAGAGAAAUCUUACGAAUGUAAGGAAUGUGGGAAAUCCUUUCGGUAUCGCCAGUCUAUUCGAAAACACGAGAGGACCCACACCGGGGAGAAACCCUACCAGUGUAAGCAGUGUGGAAAGGCCUUUCGAUACCAUCAGACCUUUCAGACACACGAACGGACGCACACCGGGGAGCAGCCUUACCAGUGCCCGCAGUGCGGGAAGGCCCUCAGUUGCCCCAGUUCGUUUCGAAGCCACGAGAGGACUCACACGGGAGAGAAGCCCUACGACUGUAAGAAGUGCGGUAAAGCCUUCAGUUGUCUCAGCUCUCUUCGAAAACACGAGAGAACUCACACCGGAGAGAAACCCUACGACUGCAAGGAAUGCGGCAAAGCCUUCAUUUCUCUCGGGAGCUUUCACAGACACAUGAUCACGCACACCGGCGUCGGGCCCUACAAAUGCAAGGAGUGCGGGAAGGCCUUCAGCUGCCCCAGUUCCUAUCGAAUACACGAGAGGUCGCACACCGGAGAGAAACCCUACGAGUGCAAGCAGUGCGGCAGAGCCUUCAGCUGCUCCAGUUCCUUCCGGACCCACGAGCGCACCCACACCGGAGAGAAACCCUAUCAGUGUAAAGAGUGCGGCAAAGCCUUCCACUGGCUCACCACCUUCCAAGUGCACGUGAGGACUCACACCGGGGAGAAGCCCUACAUCUGCAAGCUGUGCGGGAAGGCGCUCAGCUGCCCCACGUCCUUCCGGAGGCACGAGCGGACUCACACCGCAGAGAAGCCCUACGAGUGUAAGCAGUGUGGGAAAACCUUCAGCUCCCCCCUGGGCCUGCAGAUACACGGGAGGGCCCACACUGGCGAGAAACCCUACAGAUGCGAGGAGUGCGGGAAGGCCUUCAUCUCUCUCACCAGCUUCCGGAGACACAGGAUGACGCACACCGGCGACGGCCCUUACAAAUGCAAGGACUGCGGGAAGGCCUUCAACUGUCCCAGUUCGUUCCGAAUACACGAGAGAACCCACACGGGAGAGAAACCCUAUGAAUGUAAAAUAUGCGGGAAAGCCUUCAGCUGUUCGAGUUACGUGCAGGUCCACGAGAGAACCCACACCGGAGAGAAACCCUACGAGUGUAAGGAGUGCGGGAAGGCCUUCGUUUAUCGCACCACCUUUCGAGGGCACAUGAGAGUCCACACUGGAGAGAAACCCUACAAAUGCAAAGAAUGUGGGAAAGCCUUCAGCCGCCCCAGUUCGUUUAGAAGCCAUGAAAGAAUGCACACUGGAGAGAAACUUCUUGAAUGUAAACAUUGUGGGAAAGCCUUCAAUUGGCCCACGUCCUUACAUAAACACGUGAUGAGAAUGCACGCGAGAUAGAGAAACUCUAACCGCAAAAUGCAGGAAAGUGUUCAGUCCUAGCGAACGCAAAGUCAUGUGAGGAAAAAAAAAA